CCUGCCCGCGGGCUCCGGGUGUCCGCGGGGCGGCGCCGCGGAACAUGACGGCGCCCUGGGCGGCCCUCGCCCUCCUCUGGGGAUCGCUGUGCGCGGGUUCCGGGCGUGGGGAAGCCGAGACCCGGGAGUGCAUCUACUACAACGCCAACUGGGAGCUGGAGCGCACCAACCAGAGUGGCCUGGAGCGCUGUGAGGGUGAGCAGGACAAGCGGCUGCACUGCUACGCCUCCUGGCGCAACAGCUCGGGCACCAUCGAGCUGGUCAAGAAGGGCUGCUGGCUGGACGACUUCAACUGCUACGACAGGCAGGAGUGCGUGGCCACCGAGGAGAACCCCCAGGUGUACUUCUGCUGCUGCGAAGGCAACUUCUGCAACGAGCGGUUCACUCACUUGCCCGAGGCUGGGGGCCCUGAAGUCACGUACGAGCCACCCCCGACAGCCCCCACUCUGCUCACGGUGCUGGCCUACUCGCUGCUGCCCAUCGGGGGCCUCUCGCUUGUCAUCCUUCUGGCCUUCUGGAUGUACCGACACCGCAAGCCCCCUUACGGCCACGUGGACAUCCACGAGGACCCUGGGCCUCCGCCCCCCUCCCCUCUGGUGGGCCUCAAGCCGCUGCAGCUGCUGGAGAUAAAGGCGCGGGGCCGCUUUGGCUGUGUGUGGAAGGCGCAGCUCAUGAACGACUUUGUGGCCGUCAAGAUCUUUCCCCUGCAGGACAAGCAGUCGUGGCAGAGCGAACGGGAGAUCUUCAGCACGCCGGGUAUGAAGCACGAGAACCUGCUGCAGUUCAUCGCCGCCGAGAAGCGGGGCUCCAACCUGGAGGUGGAGCUGUGGCUCAUCACGGCCUUCCACGACAAGGGCUCGCUCACCGAUUACCUCAAGGGGAACAUCAUCACGUGGAAUGAGCUCUGUCACGUGGCAGAGACCAUGUCGAGAGGCCUCUCCUACCUGCAUGAGGACGUGCCCUGGUGCCGUGGCGAGGGCCACAAGCCGUCAAUUGCCCACAGGGACUUUAAAAGCAAGAAUGUGUUGCUGAAGAGUGACCUCACGGCGGUGCUGGCAGACUUUGGCCUGGCUGUGCGGUUUGAGCCCGGGAAGCCUCCCGGGGACACACAUGGGCAGGUGGGCACGCGGCGCUACAUGGCCCCCGAGGUGCUCGAGGGCGCCAUCAACUUCCAGAGAGACGCCUUCCUGCGGAUUGACAUGUACGCCAUGGGGCUGGUGCUCUGGGAGCUGGUGUCCCGCUGCAAGGCAGCCGAUGGGCCAGUGGACGAGUACAUGCUGCCCUUCGAGGAGGAGAUCGGCCAGCACCCGUCGCUGGAGGAGCUGCAGGAGGUGGUGGUGCACAAGAAGAUGCGGCCUACCAUCAAGGAUCACUGGCUGAAGCACCCGGGCCUCGCCCAGCUCUGUGUGACCAUCGAGGAGUGCUGGGAUCACGAUGCAGAAGCUCGCCUGUCUGCCGGCUGCGUGGAGGAGCGGGUGUCCCUGAUCCGGAGGUCGGUGAAUGGCACUACCUCGGACUGCCUCGUCUCCCUGGUGACUUCAGUCACCAACGUGGACCUGCCCCCGAAGGAAUCCAGCAUCUGAGUUCCAGGACCCCGAGUGGAUUCCCCCCCGCCCCUGCCGGACGCAGCGGGUCCGAAGAGGAAAGUGAGAAGAGAGUCGUGUUUCGUUUUGGAAAUCCCAUACCACCAACAAACACAUAAAAAUGCAGCUGCUAUUUUACCUUGACUUUUUAUUAUUAUAAUUAUGAUAAUUAUUAUUAUUAAUAUUAUUAUUAUUAUUAUUAUUUUUUGGAUUGGAUCAGUUUUUACCAGCACAUUGCUCUACUGUAUGGCAAACAGCGGGCACGCCAGCGGGCGCUGAGGUGCUGAGCGGUGAACGCAGAGCCAGCGCCAUGCUGAAGAGGCUCCGCCAUCUCCUGUCCUUCGGGGUUCUUCCCCCCCCCCCCCCCAAACCGCCCUCUGUCUGUUGUCUCAGAACCUGUGACACAAAGAAUCCCAGCUCCUGUCUUAGGACACUUAAUGCUGCAGCUCUACCUAGAGGAGCCUUCGAAGACUGUUACAUGCGAACACUCUUUCCUUCCUCCAGGGGAGCGCUCCUCUGCCCUGCCCUCUCGUCCCUCCCUUUUUUGAUGGUUUCCCCCUCUCCCCAACCUCCUCCCUUUUCAGACAGCGUGUUUAAGAAACAGCAGACGUGUCUUUCGUGGAUGAACGGGUGUUGUCCUGACCGAGGAGAAAGUAGGCUGAGAAUGGUUUGGAUUGGAGCUGGCGGGGGAGGACGAGCUCGGGGUAGGGUUUGGCACAGAGCUACACUGGACUCGGGCACAUUCGAGGCAACAUCCUUUGCUAUGGAGCUACUUCUCAGGUAACCAGGAGCCGAGGGGAAGGACCUUAAUGGAGGCAAGCGGGGUCUGGAGAAAGUACAGAGGCAGGUAUGGCUCGAGC